AUGACCCUCGCUGAUGACAUCCCAUCCUCCGGCACAUCCCAUCGCCCACCCGAGCCGUGCCUGGACCACCUCCACGAGGAGCCCCUCGUUGCCACCAGGUACCCCCCGGCUUGCCUCACCCUGCCCGCGCAGGGCGAUUGCGGCAGGGCCGGGGCAUGCAGUGGGGCGAGGAGGAGGAGGAAGAGGAAGAGGCAGGUGCUGAGCAGCCCCAUGAGGAUCCUGCCCGCCUGCUGCCCGGGAUCACUCUCCUUCCUGCGGGUAGGGGGCAUUUCUCCGUGCCCAGCCAGGGAAGGCAAACACGAGGAGCAGCAGGUGGAAGGAGGGAUCGUCUCCAAGAACUUCACCAAGAAAAUCCAGCUGCCCUAUGAGGUGGAUCCCAUCACGGUCUUCGCCUCCUUGUCGCCAGAGGGGCUGCUGAUCAUCGAGGCACCCCAGAUCCCCCCCUACCAGCAGUACGGCGAGGGCGGCUGCGGCAGCGAGAUCCCCGUGGAGAGCCAGGAGGCCACCUGCACCUGA